AUGCAGCCCACGAGGGCAUUACUCAAGCGGUCGAUCUGGAAAGGGCCACACAUCGUCCCCUUGCCCCUAGUCAAACCCCAGUCCGGCAAAUACACCCCUCCCAUUCGCACCCAGGCCCGCUCCGCCACCAUCCUCCCCAGCUUCGUGGGCAUGAACUUUGAGGUCUACAACGGCAAGGUGUACAACCCGGUGACGAUAACGGAAGACAUGGUCGGCCACAAGCUGGGGGAGUUCUCACAGACACGGAAACCGUUCAUCUACGACAAGCGAUAA